UGCUUAUUCUCUCUCUGGAAUCAUUCGAGUUCGUUCCGAGCUGAGCUGAGAAAAACCCUAAUCUCUCCUUUUCCAUCGUCUUCCCCGAUUCUGCAAGAAUGAGUCGAUCAGGUCAGCCUCCGGAUCUCAAGAAGUACAUGGACAAGAAGCUCCAAAUUAAGCUGAAUGCCAACAGAAUGGUUGUUGGAACUCUCCGUGGGUUUGACCAGUUCAUGAAUCUUGUGGUGGAUAACACUGUUGAAGUCAAUGGUGAUGACAAAACUGACAUUGGCAUGGUGGUGAUAAGAGGAAACAGCAUUGUCACCGUUGAAGCUCUUGAACCAGUUGGAAGAUCUUAGCUUCUUUUUUUCUUACUUUGCACUAUCGGUAACCAUCUACUGUAUCUUGACUCUCUGUAUUGGAACUUAAUUAGUAGACUAUCAACAUGAAUCUACUACCUCGACCAAGUUCCUCUUCUUUGUUUACUCUUAUGUUCUGAAGUUUCUCUCUACUGUUUUUGUAAUUACUAUCCUUGAGUUAUGAAUUUUGCCAGGUUAAA